AAGACACGCCUGUUCAUCAUCAUCAUACUUUUGAAAUGGACGAUAGCGAGAAUAUCUACGAGUAAAAACUGCAGAUCAUUUUCUCCCGUAGCUUCGAGUCUUUCUAUCGGUGGGUUCCGGGACCGCCCUCGCCCUCGCUUUCUUUGCCCGACUGGGAUCGUCCUCAGGACCAUCGGUCACCUGCACCUCCUCCUCUCUGCGCUUGCGUUUGUGAGAACUGUCCGCACGCGACGCGUUCAGGUCAGCACCACCAUGUCGUACUGCCGAUUCCCGCGCCUCAACGCCAUCCGGGGACUGCAUCUGACCUGAUUGCUGUCGUUGCUGCUGCUGCUGCAUGUCUGACUGUCGAGCGGAGGAGCGAAAUUCAUCGGCAUUCGGGGGAGGAGGAGCGAUGUAACGUUUGGCCUUGUCCGUUGUGUGCCACACGAGGGUCUGGUCGGCGAAGAUAUCUGAGAACAUCCGCAAGAUGGUAUUAGAGUCCAUGAGCACGGACUCAGCCUGGAUUUCUCCGAGGCGUUUGCGUCGUUCCGAGAUUUUGAUAGGAUUCUGGGCAACGACUUUGCCGUGGAAAGUGUCCAGUAUUCUGAAGAGUCCGUCGGAAUCGGUGUCGUAUUUCGGGCCUGGUGUCACAGGGUUUCGUAGAUAACCGGAUUUUCCGCUGCCAGUCUUUCUGUCUCCGAAGAUGUCCUGGACAGCCGAAGGGGUGUGGUGUUCUGUAUGACGAAAGACCAUCCACACCAAAAGCCAGAAAAAUGACUCUAGAUCGUGGUGUAGCGCAUGACGAAAGGCCGCAACGUCGGCAGGUCGGACACCAGCGACCACCAGAUUGAGUUUACCGUUGUAGUCGAGAAUAUCGAGUGCCAUGAAGGGCCAUGUGCCCUUGAGGUCUUUCAGGCUUUUACUAACAUCGAUCAAGUCUUUGACAUGGUAGCGCUCGGGCCACAGAGCUUUGAAUCUCUCGGCUCCGGCCUCCGUGAACUCUGCAUAAUCCCAGUCGAGAAGAAAAGCACGAGCUUUCGCUUUGCAGUCCCGUUGCUCAACGAACAUCACAU